UGAUCUAACUAUAAGAGGGAGUAAGAGAAACAUUUCACUUGGUUUUUCUUACUGAGUACUGAUAUAAAUAAAUAUAGAAUCAGACAAAGAUUCGUUUGCUGAACGAUUUUAUAUAAAUUUAGUCCUUACCUGCGCAGCUAAUCAUCGUGAGCGGAGCGACUAUGCGUCAAGAAAAAAAAACUAAAAUACUAAUAAUUAAGUGACUCCUUCUCUCUCCUUUUUUUUGGGGUAUGCACCAACCUUUAUUUAUAAGUAUAAGCAAGAAUAAAUAAGAACAACAAAGCAAACGGCUCAUUUCUCAGAAACAACUCAAACAUGGGUUCCUUCGACUUGCCUCACAGUUCAUCGUUCAAGGGAGAAAGUGAAAUAUUUCUUCGGAAUGUGUUCGAGAAUAUAUUGAAAACGUACCUAAGGAAGAACCCGACGGCGAAGACAAUAUGGGAACUGGUUCAGUCGUUGGACAACGAAAAGAUCUGCUACGACCACUUCACUUUCAGGACACUAAAGGUCGAUGGUUAUGGAAUAGACUCCUUGUCGAGUUUUUUCAUGGCUUAUGGAUAUAAAAUUGGUGGUGGACUUGAUUUUCCCAAGAAGAAACUACGAGUUCUUUGGUUUUCUCCACCUGAUGUUCACGUUCCUAAUGAUGGUCACGGUCUAGGCAACGGCCCUUUGCCGCGACUUGUUAUAGCUGAGGUUCUUGUGGACGAACUAAGCCCUGAAUCACAGGGGAUAAUAAGGAAGUAUUUGAAACAAGAAGGUGGCAAGCAAGCGGUUCUUUCUAGUACUUUGGGGUCUUUAAUAUGGGAGAAGCCUACAUGGACCGACUUCAAGCAGCUUGCCAAAGAAAGCGAAUUUGCGGCAUGGACGCUUAUCCACGGCUACACAAUGAAUCAUCUUGCUUUUGCGGUUCAUCGAUUCAAACAUCGUUUCAGUGACAUCAAAUUCGUCAAACAGCGUCUUGAGGAAAAGGGAUUCAAACUCAACAGUGACGGAGAAAUCCUCAAAGUGAGUCAAGAUGGUCUACUAUUUCAAGUUUCAUCGAUCUCGGAAAGGCUUCCGGUAACAUUUGCAGAUGGAGUAACUGAAACAAUCCCAGCUUCAUACAUUGAAUUCACUCAGCGUCAAGUUCUUCCAGAGUUCAAAGAUGUGCCGCUUGAUGAGAUCAAAGAAUUUCAUAGACGUGAAGCUUUUGAACUCGAUAACGCCAACCACGUAAUGGAAAGCACCCGUUUCACAACUAAAUUCUAGAACCAGACUUGUCUUGCUCGACUUAGUAUAUGCCAAAUUUGUGCAACUAUAUAUGUGAGUGUGUGUUUGUGUGCAAUCUUUCCAUAUAUAUGCAUGUGUGUAUUUGCGAUAUCUUUAUGUUGUUAUUUUACUGUGAAGGGACAAUGUAAGCAUAUGUUAUCUCUCAUGAUGGUAAUUGUUGAUUAGAGUGACCAACUUGUAAAAUGGAUCACAUGAUUGACGAAUCAUGGGAAAUAAAAUGUAUUUUGUGAUUGAAAUAUGUGAUAUUUGUGAAGUUUUCGUCUCUCUCUUAAAAUAAUUUUUAUGGGUGUGAUUGAGUGUAUGUUUGCUAUAAAUAGGGGAUUUACU